AUGACAACACUUCUUGCGACACACUUGACUUCAUGCCAACGAUGUGAACUCUUUAAAGUUAGGGUGAUGCGGUUCGUGACGCAGUCAAUGGCGCUCAGCUCAAACAUCAUACGAACAUCUUUUCGAUAUUGUUCUGCAGCUGAUUCGUCUGGUACAUGCGCACAUGCUUCAGACACUUCAGAUGUCUUCGACGAUUUUGUGGAUAGUAUCGGGCGUGAUGUGACAGAUAUGAACAGGGGCUUAACCUUUUCGCGGAUGUUGCGAGAGUCGAAAUUCAUUGAGCUAGGUGAUUUCAAUGGUCGACUCGUCAGUGGGAAAAUAGUGCAACGAAUCCAGGAUGAUCUUUACAUCGACUUUGGGCUAAAGUUUAAUGCGGUCUGCAAAGCCCCUGCUGUCAACCCUAUAGCAUAUCGAGAAGGAGCAGUGGUGUUGUUAAGACUUCAUGAUCCCGAGUUGAGCGAGCAGUUUCUCGGUUCAGAGCAUGAUUUAACGCUACUGGAAGCUGAUGCGACUGAGGAAAUUCUGCUGCCUCGGAUCCAUUCAUUGCUGUGCUGA